UCGGAGUUCAUUCGAAUGACGCUUCACUGAGGAAUGAAAUUAGGUCAUUUUGUCGAAAUUAUUACUUACUACCUUAUUACUAGUUUGUCAUAUAUAAGGACUAAUUGCAUAGAUAAGGCAGUUAAAAUAUUUAAGGAACAUUUUAAAACAUCAACGCUUUUUUUGACAGUUAAAAAUUACCUAGUCAUAACAUGGCUCCAUGUGUUUACAAAAGACAACAACACAAGAAAGUCCUUAUUCUUGGUGCUGGUCUCUCUGGGAUAGUUGCUGGAAAAACUUUGAUGGACAAUGGAGUCGAUGACUUUCUGAUCCUUGAAGGACAGGACUAUAUUGGAGGCAGAAUAAAACAGCAUAAUUUUUCUGGAUUCAACGUCGAGCUUGGAGCGAACUGGAUUCAUUUAGCCAAACAGGAAGAUUCUGCACCAAUGUGGUCCCUCAAACAACAAAAAAAUAUCUUAGGAUGCUGGAAUCAAUCUUCGAAUUUCAUCAUCAGGAAUGCGAAGGGAGCCGACAUCACAGAUAUGGAGAGCUAUCGACACUGGAAACAAAUUGAAACUGAAUUCGAAGCGAAACAGGAGGAACGGGAAAACGACAAGAAGCCCGAAAUCCCUACAUUCAGUACAGGAGUUCUCGCCAGUGACAUGGUCACAUUCAAUCCUCCAUUACCAGAAUGGAAACGAGAAGCCAUCUUGAAAAUGCCCUUGUCUGUCUACACCAAGAUUUUCAUCAAGUUUCCUUAUAAAUUUUGGGAUGAAAAGGAUUAUAUCUUGUUCGCUGGUGAUAAGCGAGGACAUUAUCCUGUGUUUAAGAAUCUGGAAAGUCAUGGAAUGUUUCCUGAAGGAAGCGCAAUGCUGUUGAUUUCGGUAACAGAAGAUACCAAUCCCUUUACACUUGGCUCAUUCUCUGAACCAGUCGUUGGAAUAACUCCACAAGAUUUCAAGGAUCUUGCAAUGAAUCUAGAAAAUCUUCACUUUGCGGGUGAGGCUUUAGACUACGAGUGGUUUGGGUACAUGCAAGGAGCCUAUAUUACCGGCCAACGACAGGGAAAGAUGCUAUCGAAGCUAGUUAAGACAAAAGAAGGACGCGAGACGAUAGAGUAGUCUACACUUUAUUGUCCGUUCAUUAUUUAUCGGAGUUUCCGGUGGGGAUGGAAAACCGUUGGGUGGUGCGAGAAAACUUCAUGCUUACCAAUCCCUUCUUCUUCCUCCCUCCCUCCCCCCGUCCUUCCUCCUCCGAUCCUUCGAUAAAUAUUGAACGGCACCUUAUGGGAGUCAUAUAUAAUUUAUACGGCCAAGGUCGCUAACGGUCGCAAAUGGCAAUAUUCAUCUUUUUUUUCGAGACAGGAAAAUGAGAGAAGAAAACAGGAUGAGAAAAUUAAAGAGAAAAGGAAUAAAUAUUUAAUAUACUAUAUUAUUAUUACAUUAAUAAAAAGGUCGCUAACGGUACGCUCAUUU